AUGUCCACCCGCCUUCCAAAAACCACCACCGAAUUUUAUGAUGAUCUCGAUCCAACAAUUUGCCAAGAUCGACCUGGAUAUUAUGAAGUGUGGAGUGGUGUAAAAUAUGGAUGGAAUGGAUUGCCCGUAGAGAGUAGCUACGAAUUGGAUAAUGCUUGGAUGAUCGGCGCAACCAUUGGGGAGGGUCUAUUCGAGUUGUCGACAAGUCUUGGCUCGUCAAUUGUUGUAUGGAGAAAUCCCUCUUUAUCAAAAGCCAUCAAAUUCUAUCUUUUAUUUUAUUGUGGCUAUUUGGGUAUCGAUGGACUUUACUUCUUCUACAUGGCAUAUUGUAGUACGACAUACGAUUGUGUUAAUCCCUCUGGCUACCCAUUCAGCGGUCUCCUUCUCAAUAUGAUUAUCACUGCUUUUUGUGGUGGUAUGUCUGUCACAAACACAUUUAUUGAUAUUGGUCUCUCAAUUAAUCGUUUUUUCGCCGUUUUCUUCAAUGUUAGCGAUAAGUCGAAUGGUUUCAUUUGUUAUAUGGGCGCUUAUUUGGAUCCAUCAUGGCUUGCAACGUCGCUAUGUUAUCUUCGUUUUCCUUUUCUUGUGUUUUUGGUCGAAGUCUAUUCAAUGAGCGUCAUUGUAGUGAUGGCUCUUACAUUCGAUGUGGCCACAGUUUGGAAAUUAAAGAAAAUGAAAUUCACAUCGGAGACAAAAGGACGAAGGGAUCGAAAGUUGAUGGCCAUGGUAAUCCUCAUUCAUUUUUUUUCACUAAUCGCUAUGGUUGAUGCAUUUGCUCUUCAAAAUCCAAAUAUGGAGCGUUCGCAGAGAUUAGUUUAUGUUGGCUUGCCUCAAUUUUUAUGUCGAUGUACAGUCGGCUUUGUGCUCAUUGGCUUCAGCUGGCGAUCGCCGUGUGAUCGAAAAAAGUCGACGAAAGUUUUGAUUGUAAGGAGA